AUCGUUAGAUCAUGUGGGGCUUGUAUUCCUAAUGCCGGACACUUGCCCGUCUUUUUGUUGCGUUUGAGCUUCAGGAACCCAUUAGCCGCUCUUUAAGUCCGCUCUUUAAGUAUACACAUACUUAGGUUAGUAGCUCUCCAUACUAUACACUCCUACGUACAACUCUUUACUCGUAAAUCUAUACCAUACCACGCCCAUUUACAUCUCCAAUUCCAAUUAGACGAACGUCAACCUCAGUGAAAUCGAAAAUGAGCAGUCCAGGAGCCGGGUUUGAAUAUCCUCCUACCGAGGUAUCGUGGACAAAGCGCGAUGUCUUGCUGUUUGCCAACACUAUAGGCUGUACUUCUGACGAGCUUCACUUCCUCUACGAGCUCGAUCCUAAUUUCUCGGUGUUCCCGACCUAUCCGGUCAUUCUCCCUUUCAAAAAGACCCAGCAAGAAGUCAUCGACUUCUAUGCCUCGGAGAAGGAAGUCAAAAUCCCCGGCGUGCCCGACUUCGAUGCGCGACGAGUCGUCGACGGUCAGCGACUUGUCCAAUUCCUCAAGCCCCUCCCUACAACGUCGGCCGGCAGGAAGUUCGAGAUCCGGAGUAAAGUCCUUGGUGUAUACGAUAAGGGCCGACCAGGCUCGGUCGUCGAUAUUCAGCAGGACCUGGUAGACGUUGAGACAGGUGAGGUCUACACGCGCGCCAUCGGCAGCUCGUUCUACGUAGCGCAGGGCAACUGGGGUGGUCCCAAGGGUCCCGCAACCGAGAACUUCCCUCCGCCAAAGGACAAGAAGCCGGACGUCGAGUUCGAGAACCAGACCAAUGCGCAGACACCCCUGCUGUAUCGGUUGAACGGCGACUACAACCCGCUCCAUGCGCACCCGGAGCCAGGCAAGAAGAUGGGAUUUGGCGGUGUCAUCAUCCACGGCUUAUACUCGUUCAACUCAACCUGUCACGGUCUGCUGCAGAAAUUGGGUGGCAGCGACCCUGCCAACAUUAAGGAGUUCCAGGCCCGAUUUGCGAGCCCUGUACGCCCUGGAGAUAAGAUAGUCACAUCCGUAUGGAGGACCGGCCAGGUGAAGGGGGAGUGGGAAGAGGUUAGAUUUGUAGUUAAGGUUGCGGGUGGGAAGGUUUGUUUGAGUAACGGGAGAGCGUUGAUGAAGGUGGUGGGAGAAUCCAAGAGCAAGCUAUAAGCGGAAUUUUAUAUUGGGAAUGAUUUUAAGCUAUAAAAGAUGUCAACUACCUACCUAUGGAUGUGUAAAAUAAGUAUAUAGCGAUUAGCUUAGGUACCUAUAUUGCAAUAUUAUUCUCAAACUUGAAAGGCA